AUCCGAUUUUAACGUGUGGGUAAUUUAUGAUGAUGUUUCAAAAUCACUUUCCUAUACCAACAAAAGAGAUGUCGAAUCGAGUUCUACAAGUGAAUUCAAAAGUCGUUAUCACAUCGGUAAUUGUUGUGCUACAAAUCCCUCAAUCAACAAACCAUCAACAUUCGAAAAAAUGAAUUUCUCUCAUUGCAAUGAUGAUUCUUAUACAUACAGUCAACAGAAGUAGUUUUCUAUUUUCCAGUGAAAUUUUAUCUUGUCAUCAUGAACGUUCUAUAUAUUCUUCUAAUCCCCCUAACUUUCGUGUACUGUCAACAAAAAAGUGGCCAGUAUGGACAUAAUUCAACUGUUUCAGUUCAACGUAGUGUUUCUAAUAUACAUCAGCUAGUACCAACCGUCAAAGCUGCAGUAAAAAUGAAUGUAAAUUCCCAAAACAAUUUGAAGCCAUUUUUUACUCAAGAAAUAGCAAAGAACAAUCCCUUGGUUCAAAGUUAUAUAGAAUCCAGACAGAAUUCACCAAUCAGAAAAAUAAUCACUAGAGUGGGUAGUAUACUGAAAACCCCUAUCAAAGACAUCAAGAAUACACUGCUACCAACGUUAACACAAACCACUGUUGUUAAUCAAAACAAAAAUACUGUUGUGGAUCAUCAAAAAACCAAUGAUAGUUUGUCUGCUGCAGAAAUUCAUAAACAAAAGUCUGCAGAACAUUUGAAAGCUCUUAGGAAUGUGAUUUCUCUGCAACUUCGAUCCUAUAAAAGUGAUUCUUCUAGUACAGAAGUACCAAAUGUUACAACAACUCAAGAAAUCGUUACAAAGAAGACGCCAACAAAAGAAAAAAUAAAGACAAAAAGACACGAUAGCUUCAGCAAGGAUAUAAACAAGAAAUUGGCAGUAAUAGCUGCUGCAUCAGCAUUGAUGGAUAUUCUGGAUGCUUAACACGUUGAUUUGUUUCUUGGUUAGCCAUUCAAACAAAUUUCGUUAAAAAUUUGAAUUCAAGUCCGAAAAUAUUUGAUCUGUAAAAUUAGGAUUAUUGCUAAAUUGUGGAAGCAUAUAAUGACCCUUUAUGAACUUGAUGAUCAAUAAUUUGUCAACGUUAUGAGGAAGUUCUUAACUAGAUGAAAAUUUUCUUGUAUCUAAUGGUUUCCACUUCAUUAGGAAGCACGUUAAUAAUGAGAGACUCUUCUAAGUUCAUUUAUGAUUGUUUUACUUGCGGUAUUUCAAAGCUGAAGUUCCAGUGUUACUAUCACCAUAAACAUUAAUGUUAAGCUUGCACUCAACAGCAUUGUAAACGCGAUCAAUAAAAAUAAAAUGAAGUCAUAAAAGACAAAUACAUAAUUAUUGUAAUGCAAUGGCGUAAUGUCAUGUGAUAUUUAAUGAAUUUCAUGUUUUCUUAUGUUAUUCUCAUUAAAACCUAAUCUAUAAUCUGAAUAUGUCAUUCUUAGUUUAGGUUUGGAAAUAGUUUUAUAAUAAAGAUUUUUUUUAUUAAGAAUGAAAUAUUUGGGGCUUCUUGAAUUUCUAGGAAGUAUGAGAGAGAUUCCACCUCUAGGUUCUUCAUUCCAUCAAUUCUUCAUAUUAUAAAAUGAACUUUAUUGUUGACACCAGUCGAUCCAAUGGAUUGUGACGUUUCAUAGAAAAUUAAUUGACGCUAUAUAAGUUUGAUGGGUCUGUGUAUAUUGAUUAUGUAAUACUGAAUGAAGAAUAUUUGAGCAGUACAUGCAUAAUGAAAUUUUUAUUA